ACCGUUGUUUUGUUUUAGCCUUUAAAAACUUUCAGUUUUUUAUUAAAUUAUGAAUGUUGACGAGUGAAUAGUCAAUUAAUUAUUGUCUGUAAUGUGUAUCUUUUUGAUUGGUGUAUUAACUAACUAAAUUAUCUCUGAAUAAGUUAAUCAUAGCCAGAAGUCGUGAUCACUCACGGCUCUGGUGAGUAGUCUGUAUUGACGAGCUGUGUUUUUAAUUAGUGACAAAAGCGAAAGGAGCUCGGACGAAGUACGAUUAUGUACACACUACACCAGUAGACGUUUCGAAAAGCACGUUCGCCAAUGUAUUUAUGAUAAUGUAUUAAAAGUUUUGGUCAUUAAAUCUUUACCUAUUGUUAAUGGCUUGAACAACUUUUUCUAGUUGGAAUUUUAUUAUUUUACGAUGGAGUGUAAAAAUUAUUGUGUGGUAUUUAUAAUAUUUGCUGUUGCUAUAGUUCAAGCAGUGGGUUAUGAUACGGAAUUAUUCGAAAGUCCUCCGUGCGAUAGUAAUGCGUGUUUUGAAACUCUUCAUGGAGCGCUUGGAGAUUGUUCAUGUAAUGUAGACACAAUCGACUAUUUUAACAACGUAAAAAUAUUUCCCCGAAUCCAGAGCUUGGUGAGCAAAGACUAUUUUCGUUUUUAUAAAGUUAACUUAAAAAAAGAAUGUCCGUUCUGGGCAGAUGAUAGUAGAUGUGCUAUGAAAUACUGUCAUAUCAAAACAUGCUCCAAAGAGAGUGUGCCUGGAUUUGAUGGUUAUGAAGAGGAAUAUCUUGAAGAAUCUCCAGCUUUAAAAUACUCAUUAGAUGCAACUACACCCUGUGAUCAAGAUUCUGAUCAUGAUCCUGAUUUGGGUUACCUGAAUAUGACGAUUAGUGCUGCAAGUCAAUUUGAAAUAGCUAAAUGGAAAGCAUAUGAUGAUUCCUUAGAAAAUUUCUGUCAAUGUGAUGACAAAGAUGCUGAUGCAGAGUUUGUGGACCUUUCACUAAAUCCUGAACGUUAUACAGGCUAUAAAGGUCCCUCUGCCCACAGAAUUUGGAGGAGUAUAUACCAAGAAAACUGCUUCCGCCCAAAGACAAAUCCAUAUCAAUCAUUCCCAUAUGUAUUAAGUUCCGAUUUAAGCAAUAUGUGUUUAGAAGAGAGGGUUUUUUAUAGAGCUAUAUCUGGUUUACAUACAAGCAUUAACAUCCACCUUUGUUCAAAAUAUUUGUUGUCAGAGAAAAAGAUAGGAUUUGCUGCCCCACCUGAAGGAGAAUGGGGUCCUAAUUUGGAAGAAUUUCAGCGUCGAUUUGAUCCAUCCCAAACAUAUGGUGAAGGCCCCAAUUGGUUAAAGAAUUUGUACUUUUUGUACUUAUUAGAAAUGAGGGCUCUCGCCAAAGCUGGUCCAUAUUUGGAGAGAGAGGAUUAUUUUACAGACAGCCCUAUUGAAGAUGAAGAGACAAGGAAUGCAAUAAAAAAUAUGUUGGGAGUUAUUUACUCAUUUCCAGAUCAUUUCAAUGAAUCGCUUAUGUUUAAUGGUGGGACUCAAGCUGCCACUUUAAAGUUUGAGUUUAGAGAGCAUUUCUUAAAUAUUUCCAGGAUAAUGGAUUGUGUAGGUUGUGACAAAUGUAAGCUGUGGGGUAAACUACAGACACAAGGUCUGGGAACAGCUUUGAAGAUUCUCUUUUCAGGUAGAUGGGAUAGUGAAGGUGACCCAGGUCAAGGCAGGUUACCUUUGCGGCACAAAUCACAAAAACGCCUUCAGAGGACAGAAAUAGUUGCUUUAUUCAAUGCAUUUGCGAGGCUGUCGAAUAGUAUCCGAGAGUUGGAAAAUUUCAGGAGUAUGUUAAGUGGUAAUAUGGAGCAAGAGAAGAAGAAUAUAUUCACCGCAUCAGGGUCCAGCAUCGAGAUAGCUGAGAAGUGCGCUUCGGGAGGUGCUAAACCCAGAAUUUGGAGUUGAUUCUCUCGUUAGUGCGGAUUUCGUUACACUAUUACAUGAUUUGUAAAAUGCAUAUUUUUUUUGUUACAUUUGAUAAGUCUGGUUAGACAUGGCAUAUGUUUGAGUGUGGUAUUUUUUAACACAGGCUUAUUCAAGGCAUUUGAUCAAUAAGCCGUUAAUUAUUGUGUGAUGACCAUAAUUUAAUUUUGUCUUUUAUACGAGUACUACACAUUCACAUAGAACCGUGACCACCGUAGAGACUUAAUGUAAGUGUUAAGUAAAUUACAUGAUAUCUUCAUCUUCUCUCUUAAAUAGUAGAUUCUUAGUGCGUCUAACGUUUCUUUUUCUCUGAAAAUCCCAGCAGCGCUUGAGUUUUUACUGCCAAUGUCAGCGCUAUGGAUUUUGAGAGAACUGUUAUAAAAGCAACAUAUACAGGUUUGAUAAUUGUAAUUUUAGUCUCAAAGUCCAUAUAAUUAUCUAUAUAGGCUCAUAUAGUAUCACCUAACACUCUAGAUAUAUUAAAUAUAUAUAAAAGAAUAUUAAUAAACGUACUAUGUUCGAAUAGCUAAGAAAUGUUAUUUAUAUUAAUAUAACAAUAUCGAGCAUAUUAAUAUAAAUCUGGCAAAAAUAAUUAUUUGCGUAUAGUACGAUUAUGAAUAAGUGUUAGUUUACAAAUUACCAGCAGGGUUACUGUGUAAAAUUUUAGGCGGAAUUCUAACAAAGUGCCUUUUCUAAUUUAUGACUUCAAGUAAACACAAGAUCUAGUUUCAAUAUUGUAUUGUCGUAUUGGAAUUACGUGGUACCGAAACUUUAAUAUUGAUUUCAACUAUAAAAGUUACGGAGUAAGUCUGCUUUAUUCUAUUUAAUUUCAUUUUUAGUAGUACGAAUUUGAGUUUUAAAUAAUUUUCACAGUUGCUAUUUAUUUUGUAAUUUGUAUAUUUUUUGGAUUAUUUUGCAUCACAUAUAUUUAUUUGUCACCCAGUGUUUAGAGAAAUUGAUAGGUUUCAUUUAUUUUUACGUCUUGUAUAUAAUUGUUAGGUAAUUUUAAUAGGAUUCAAUAUAUACAUAAGUACAUUUUGUAAUGCGACACUUUGUUAUGGUUUGACAUUUGUAUCUGACCGAAUGAUGUAUAUUAUUAAUUAAACCAUUAUAUUGUCAAUCCAAGCUAGCCUCAAUACGAUAGGGACAAACUAAUCGGAAUUUUAGCAACUGACAGUCACGUGACGGAGACCUUACACAGUAACUUCUAUUAGCGAUACGAGUUUCUGUUGCGCGCGAUUCCACUUCCGACUACGAGAGCUAUAUCGUACUUUCAUACAAAAACGUCGGGUUUCGUAUCGCUGUUCCUUUUGGAAGUUACAGAGUAAGGGUGUAGGCGUGUGUUGACCAUGCUAUACCUAUCAGAACCGUCUGUCUCAAAGUAUUUUUAGUUUCCUUGUACAUGACUAUGCUGGAGGUGGGUAAUAUGUAUGAAAAAUGUAAAAUAAUAUAUGAAGUUAUCAAAUUCAUGGUAAAGUUUCAUGAUUACGUACUCUUUUGAGUGAAACGUACAUAUAAUGUACUUUUUGUGUUUUGAUUUAAAAAUGCUUAUCACACACGAUAGCGUGAAAAGUACACGGGUUUAUGAUUGAACAUGUCACAAAAUGCCUGGCGUUAUUUUUAUAUAGAUAUGUAUUUAAUUGGAAAUUGGACCUUGGAUAUAUACAUUUGUAUCUAGAUUAUAUUCCCUACUGCUUUUACAGAGCGUAAAUCUGGUUUGGUUUUUUAAAUAUAAUAGUAUCUACGAAAUAAUGAAUGUCUAGUACACAAGAACUAAAUCAAUGUACUGUACAUCGUCCUAAACCUGAGAUCCCGUACUAAAUAGGCGAUUGUAAGAUUAAUGUUAUAUCGUACACACCUUUAAGAUACAAAUGUAUAUAAGUCACACAGCAAAUAUAUAGUUAUUUUAUUUUACAAUCAAUUACUGUGUCACAAAUAUUUUUUUAUGUUAUUAUUUUAUGAAAAUUGUCUCAUUCUCUAGUCAGAGCCAUGAUAAAACUAUUCGAUACAUAAUCAUUUUAUUUUUAACAAAUAUUUUAAUUUAUUAUUUCAAGUUAUUUUAUAGAUUUUUUGAUGUGUUUUUUUUUGUUUUGUCUGACAAACGUUCGCGUGCGUUAUGUUUAUUUUAUAUCAUGGCGACUAUACUUAAAAUAUGGAAUUUAUAACAUCAUGUACAAAUAAUGAACUAAUUUUUUUCGUGUUUACUUAAGAAUAAAUGUAAUUUCAUGGUUAAGCAUGUGUCUGUGAUCAUUAAGGUCUGUUAUUCAUGACAGUUCGUUUUAAUAAAUGUUUUAUUUUA